AAUUUUCACAGAUUGUUCAGUACGCUCUGGACGAUCCAUCGCGCUAGAUCGGAAACCGUUCUCGGAGGAGAAUACCCGCGGUUUCGGUGAAACCACCAAAAAUCUCGCGGAUGAGAUUGAGAGUUAUUUUGAGUGUUUGUGAUCGGCUGAGUGUUUUAGUUUAAGUUUUUGUGUGAUCUUACAAAGAGGGGGAUCACUUUUUGCGGAGCCCUCUCGAUUUUUCGGCCCGGCCAAAAAGAGGAUUUUGUAAUAAGAAAGGAGCCCUCAAAGGGGCGAUCUAGCAGGGGAGCCACUAUGGGCAUCCCAUACAGGCGGCUCGCGACAUUAUUAACGAUCUUAUGUUGUGUGGUUGGAACCAGAGCGCAAUUUUGGAAUGAUCCGAGCAGCGGUGGGGUAGGACUCUUCCGAAGGCCAGACUACUAUAGAUCCACACCGGAACCCAUUCAACCGGAAAUAGAUCCAAGUUACGAUGUAAUUGAUACAGCAAGUGGACGUCUAACUGGGCCCCCGAGGAAUUGCACAAGCAAGGGAUGCUGCAUCCCCAAAUGCUUCGCUGAAAAGGGCAAUCGUGGAUAUCCUGGUGUUCCCGGUAUUCCAGGGCCAAAGGGUGUUCAGGGUUUUGCCGGAGCUGAAGGUCUGAUCGGUUCCAAGGGGCAGAAGGGAGAGCCCGGACCAGCUGGACCUCGUGGACCCAAAGGUGAUCGUGGUGCACAAGGUAGCCCUGGAUUCCCAGGUGUUCACGGUUUACCUGGGCACAAGGGUGAAGAUGGCCCACCCGGUAUACCCGGUAGAGAUGGUUGCAAUGGAACAGAUGGCCUGCCGGGUAUCUCUGGUUUGGAUGGUAUUCCCGGCCCCAGGGGUUUGCCCGGUAUUCCUGGAGUGAAAGGUGAAAAAGGUGAACCAGCUGAGUUGAAUAUAAAUUACCUGAAAGGACAGAAAGGUGAUCCUGGUUUCGACGGUAGACCCGGUGAUCCAGGACAAACCGGCCCUCAAGGACCACGAGGACCAGAUGGAUCACCUGGUAUUCCUGGUGUACCAGGACGAAAAGGAGAGCCUGGCUUUAAAGGUGACAAAGGACAGGGAUGUGUUGCACUGAAAGGUCCCCCAGGUCCUAGAGGGCAUAAGGGUGAAAAAGGUCUAAAAGGCGAUGGACUUGGAGAAGUUGUGGGACCAACAAUUACAGUUGCUGGCCCAAAAGGUGAAAUGGGCCCCAUGGGAGAAAAAGGAGACAUCGGCCCUAAGGGAGAACAAGGAGAACUCGGUGCUCCAGGAUUCCCCGGAGAUAGAGGUCCACAGGGAGAAAAGGGCCUUCCUGGUCAGCCAGGACCUAGAGGACGAGAUGGCAACUAUGGACCCACUGGGCCACCUGGGCAGAAAGGUGACAGAGGUAAUGAAGGUUUACGAGGAUUGGAUGGCAAACCAGGGCAGAAAGGUGAACCGGGAGAAGCUGGAUUACAGGGUGUACCCGGUAUGCUUGGACCUCCUGGCCCACCAGGCGGUGGACGUGGAUCCCCAGGCCCAUCAGGUCCUCCAGGACCAAGAGGAUAUAGAGGUCUUCCUGGCCCAAAGGGAUUGGAUGGACUAAAAGGCGAACCAGGAAUGCGAGGAGUUCCAGGAGCAAAAGGAGGACCAGGUAUUCCUGGAAGAAUUGGAAUGGAGGGAUUGCCCGGCGAGAAAGGACAAAAAGGUGAUAACGGCGUAAUCGGUAUGCCUGGUGUGCAAGGCCCACGAGGUUUUAUCGGACCUCCCGGAGCUGAUGGAUUGAGAGGACCCAGUGGUGAGCCAGGAAUUGGAUUGAUUGGUCCCAAAGGAGAUGAUGGAAUUCCAGGAUAUCCCGGUGCUAAAGGACAAAAGGGUGAACGUGGAUAUCCGGGUUUGCACGGUGCUCCAGGUGAUUCUGAGCAAGGAAAACCCGGAAUUCCAGGAGUUCCAGGUCGUCCAGGAGAUAAGGGAGAAAGUGGACGUCCAGGAAUACCCGGCGCAAAGGGAGAAUACGGAGAGAAGGGUGAUAUUGGAGGAAGAUGUUUUGAUUGCCUUCCGGGAUUGCCAGGACAAAAAGGAGAUAGAGGGUUCGAUGGAUUACGUGGACCUGCAGGUCUUGAUGGAGUCCCCGGAGAAAAGGGUCACCAAGGAGAAAGAGGAUUGGAUGGGCCACCGGGAAUGCCCGGAGACCCAGGUGCUCCUGGCCAACCAGGAUUACCAGGAAGUCCUGGCCCCAGCGGAGAAAAAGGAGAAAAUGCAAUUGUUCCCUCUAAUUUGCUUAAAGGUCAUAAAGGAGAUAAGGGAGAGAGAGGUUUCCCUGGAAGACCUGGACCCCAAGGAUUAGAUGGAGCUCGUGGUUUCCCAGGACUUGACGGGCCUAAAGGGGAGAUAGGUUUGAAAGGAGAUAGAGGUGUUCCUGGGCUUCCAGGCCUUGAUGGUGCGCCUGGAACUCCAGGACGCGAUGGCCUUCCUGGAAUUAAAGGAUUGAGCAUUAAGGGAGAGCCAGGUUUUAGCGGAAGGGAUGGCCCCAAGGGGCAGAAAGGUGAAGCUGGAUACCGAGGCGACAAAGGUAAUCCCGGAGUAUGUCCCCCAUUGGAUUACAGUAGAGGAUUUAAGGGUGCUAAAGGAGAUAAAGGCAAUAAAGGUGAACCAGGAGCAAUGGGUAGAGAUGGUAUCCCUGGAGAACAAGGGCUUCAGGGUUUGCCAGGAUUGAAAGGAAAUACAGGACCACACGGGCCACCAGGACCGGUUGGGCCACGAGGUUUGCCCGGCCCGAGAGGUGAAAAGGGUCUUACUGGACAAAUUGGCUUUCCUGGACAACCCGGAAGGGAUGGUUUGCGAGGAAUUCCAGGACUUUCGGGAGCUAAAGGACAAAAAGGCGAAGUAGGUGCAUCAGUAGUUGGACCACCCGGCCCUAAAGGUAAUACUGGACCAUGGGGACAGAAAGGAGACCGUGGGCCACAAGGUUUAAGAGGAAUGGACGGACUUCCAGGACAAGUAGGAUAUCCCGGUGAUAAAGGUGAAUCUGGACUUCCGGGAACACCUGGACCACCAGGUGUUGUUGGGCCAAAAGGUGAACCUGGGCCAGAGGGACCAAUGGGUUUGGCUGGUCCUCCAGGACGACCUGGCAUGGAUGGCAUCAAGGGUGAGCCCGGAAUGAAGGGAGAAACAGGUGUACCUGGAUUAAUUGGUAUGCCAGGUCUCAAGGGUGAAAGAGGAGAGCCUGGUAUUGAAGGACAAAAAGGUUUCCAAGGUCCUAAAGGUUCACCGGGAUUACGUGGAAUGCCAGGUCUCUCUGGACAGCCUGGAUUGAAGGGAGACAAAGGUGAGCUUGGUUUACCCGGAUAUGAUGGUUCUCCUGGUACUCCUGGGCAGCCUGGCCCAAUGGGACCACCAGGACCUAAAGGUGACUACGGCCCAGUUGGUAUAACGGGAUUGGAUGGUAUUCCUGGGAGAGAUGGAGAAAAGGGAGAUAUGGGAUUCCCAGGACCUGUUGGUGCUAAAGGAGAACCCGGUUCGGUAUCUGAGAAAGGACAAAAGGGUGAACCAGGACCGUCUGGCUUGAGAGGAAUCGAUGGUAGAGAUGGAUUCCCCGGAAUUGCCGGAGAAAAGGGAGAGCCCGGAAUUCCUGGAUAUGGUAGACCAGGACUCAAGGGAGACAAAGGUGAAAUGGGUCUCAGUGGACGUGAUGGAUUACCAGGCAUACAGGGAGAGAAGGGAGAUCGAGGAUUUGCUGGAAUAAGAGGACUCAAGGGUGACAAAGGAAAUAUGGGACCUCCAGGAAUUCCGGGAACACCUGGAAUUGACGGAUUACCUGGUCAAGAUGGAUUACCUGGCCCACAAGGUCUUUUGGGAGAAAAGGGUAAUAAAGGUGAUCGUGGAUUGCCCGGAUUUGCAGGAGAAAAAGGUGACAAAGGCCUUAUUGGUAUUCCUGGACGUGAUGGUAUAAUUGGCCUCAAGGGAGAUCGAGGAUUCACCGGUGAACCUGGAGCUCCGGGACCAUCAAUUGAAAUAAAGGGACAAAAGGGUGAGAUUGGCGAAUUUGGGCUUGUUGGACUUCCAGGAGAGAGAGGUUUACCUGGUUUACGCGGUGAUCAAGGUUUCGAUGGCAUUAAAGGAGAUCGCGGUCUAACUGGCCCACCUGGGUUGCCAGGUAUGGAGGGUAGACCCGGAGAGAAGGGUGAUCGUGGUCUUAUCGGUGAACAAGGUGAACCUGGACCAGUUGUUAAGGGUGAAAAGGGUCUCCCAGGGUUACCAGGAAAGAAUGGGCGCGAUGGAUUACCCGGGCCGCAAGGUGAGAAGGGUGAGAAGGGAUUCCCAGGAUUAAUUGGGCCACAGGGACCUCGUGGUUUAGCUGGAUUACCGGGACGACAAGGCGAGAAAGGUGAUAGAGGUUUAACCGGAGUACCAGGAAGAGAUGGAAUUGACGGUGCCCCCGGAUUAUUGGGACCAAAGGGAGAACCUGGAUUCCCAGGACCAAAGGGAGAUCCUGGAUUGCCUGGAGUAGUGGGAUUGACUGGUGAGAAGGGUGAUCGAGGACCUCCUGGUAUGCCAGGGCUUAGUGGAUUUGAUGGAAUUAAGGGAGAUCGUGGUCUUCCGGGACCUGAAGGACCGAUUGGGCCAGUUGGAUUCCCAGGAGAAAAGGGAUUACCAGGUCAGCGUGGUCGAGAUGGACGCGAUGGUAUGGCUGGUUUGAAGGGAGACAAGGGUGAGCCGGGAUUAGUACCACCACCAGGGCCAAAAGGUAACCCAGGAAGACCCGGUAGGGAUGGUGAGAAGGGUGAUCGAGGACCCCCAGGGCCACAGGGUAUUCAAGGAUUGCAAGGAGAACGUGGGGAGAAGGGUGAUCAAGGUUUCACGGGGGCACCGGGAUUACCUGGCUUGCAGGGACUUCGCGGUGAGAUUGGUGUUGCAGGUCCACCGGGAUUAGAUGGACGUCCAGGUGCACCUGGGCCAAAGGGUGAUGCAGGUCUUCCAUGUACUCACGCACCUGAUUACCUUUCCGGCAUUCUCCUUGUGAAGCACAGUCAGUCAGAAGAGAUUCCUCAAUGUGAAGCUGGUCAUGUUAAACUCUGGGAAGGUUACUCACUUCUCUACGUCGACGGGAAUGAUUAUCCACAUAAUCAAGAUCUCGGAUCGCCGGGUUCAUGCGUCAGGAAGUUCUCAACUUUGCCCGUAAUAACGUGCUCCAACAACAAUGUGUGCAAUUAUGCUUCACGCAACGACAGGAGCUUCUGGUUGUCAACCACCGCACCUGUUCCCAUGAUGCCCGUCGUGGAGGAAGAAAUGAGGCAAUACAUCUCACGGUGUGUUGUCUGCGAAGUACCAUCCAACGUCAUUGCCGUACACAGUCAAACGCUGGACAUUCCACAGUGUCCAAGUGGAUGGGAGGGUCUCUGGAUUGGCUACAGUUUCCUCAUGCACACUGGCGUAGGAAAUGGAGGCGGUGGGCAGGCCCUAUCUGGUCCUGGAUCCUGUCUGCAGGACUUCCGAACGACACCCUUCAUUGAGUGCAAUGGCGGUAAAGGUCACUGCCACUACUAUGACACACAGACCAGCUUCUGGCUUGUCACGCUCGACGAGCAGCAGCAAUUCACGCGGCCACAGCAGGAGACCCUCAAAGCAGGAAGGCUCCUAACGCGUGUCUCGCGAUGCCAAGUGUGUAUAAGAAAUUAACAUUUUUUUUGUAUAGGAUCUGCAGUUAAUUUUUACAUUUUUUUUACCACGUUCUUGCCUUUCAUAUUGCAAUAAGGCGCAUUUAUACCAAAAAAAUGAUGAAUGUUAAGAGGAUAAAGAAGAAAAAAUCUUUGUAAUUUCCUAAUCUACCCCCCCUAAAAGAUAAAUUAAUUUCUUCCAAAAAAUGCUUCAAACGUUAUUUGUUCUUUUCUCACUCAAAACUCUUUUUUUUUGUUAAUGUCUCUGAAAUGAAAAUCCCUCAAAAAGUAAUUUGUAAAAGUUUUGUAGAUGUUUUGGAAGAAAAAUUACACUUUGAUAUUUUUUUUCUUCUUAUUAAAUCCAAUAGAUUUUUUUUGGUUAAAUCUUUUCCAUUUUUUUUGUUAAAAAGUGUCUUUUUUUGCCAAAUUGCUACAAACUUUUACAAACCAUCACAAUUUACUUUGAUUUCUUGACUCAGGAAAAUAAAUUAAAAUAGAAUCUUAUUUCUUUUCUCUAAAAAUGAUUAAUUUUUUUUCUUAAAUAUAAAAUUCUUUUUAUUGAAUUCUAAUUUUUAUUCCUGACUUGAGAUUUUUUUUUCUUACAAAUUAAGAAAAUAAGAAUAAAAAUAAAAUCCAAAAAUAAAGUGGAAUAUUUAAGAAAAUCUUUAAAAACUUUAAAAAAAAAUAAUUAAUAACAAUUUGGUCAAAUAAUUUUUCUAUUUUUUUUAUUCUUAUUUUCUCAAUAUCUGCUUAAAGAAAACAAAUUUCCCCCAUGCCCCAACAGCCCUAGAAAACUUCCUUUUUCAACUUUUUAAAGUUUUCCACACACUAAAGAGAAAUUAUUCUUUUCGUAAAGAAUUUUCAAGUCUCCCCAUAUCCAAGACCAUUUUUUUUAAUGAUUAUAAAAGCAAUGAAAAAAAUAUAUCAUUUGUUAUAAAGUAAAAAAAAAAAAAAGAAAGAAUGAAUGUCACAACCCUAUAAUGAUAAUAAUGUGAUAUGUUAUUAAAACAAAAAAAAUCUUAAUUAUACUAUGUAACUGCCUUCUUUUGAAAUUAAAAAAAAAAACUUUAAAAGCAUUGUGUUCGAUGUUAAAAAUUUAAAAUGAAAUUUAAAAAACAAAAGUGCCAUUAACUAGGAAGAAAAUAAAUAAAAAUAAAACAAGCAUUGAGGAGAUCGUGUUCAGUUAUCAAAUAUAAUACCUAUUUUUUCUCUUAUAUUCAGUGUAAAAGUUUCUUUUUUUUUAAAUAAUAUAAUUUAUAAAAUAAAAUAGAAAUCCAAAUAUGAUGUAUUUUCUGAUUAAAAAAAAUUACAGGACAAGAAAAAAAACGGAAAAUAACUUUCAAAGUAAUACUGCCUAAUGAGAAAUAUUUCGAACGAAAUGUAAUGUAUAUGUAAUAUCAAUAAAACAAAUUGUAUUAAAUAA